AUGAGGGACGGCCACCCGAAUGAAGUGCGGGUCUAUAAACCACAGUCAGAAGGAAGCAUCCCUCUCGUUGUUUUGAUCCACGGGGGUGGUUUUUGCCUUGGUCAUUACACGCACAUCAGCACAUACUCCCGGGCCGUGGUGUCCCUCACCGGCGCAACCGUGGUAGCUAUAUCUUACCGACUCGCCCCGGAAUUCAAGUUUCCUACUGCACCACACGAUGUAUGGGAUACUAUCAAUUGGCUUGUUGAGCCCGAGAUGGCCCAGAAGCUGGGUGUAAAUCCUCACGCCGGCCUCUACAUUGGCAGCAUCUCAGCUGGCGCAAACCUAGCCGCUGUUACUGCUCAGCGGUGGGUAGCGCAAAACAAGUCACCUCAGAUGUCUGGAGUAUGGCUGCAGAUACCGUGGUUGCUGGAAAAGCCGAUUGUUCCCGAGCGAUAUCAAUAUUCUUGGUUUUCUAGGGAGCAGAACGCUCAAGCACUCAUCAUCAAUGAACACGCAAUGGAGUUUGUGAAGGAGGCUUACAAACCUGAUUUACUGUCCCCGGACUUUUCGCCCUUUAAUGCCACCAAUCCACACCGAGGCAUGCCCCCAGUAUACCUUCAGAUUUGCGGACAGGACCCUCUUCGGGAUGACGGAUUAAUAUACGAAAGAGCCUUACGUGAUCAUGGCGUCUCAACUAGGCUAGACGUGUACCCUGGCGUUCCGCAUGGGUUUGCAGACGUUUACCAUCAACUAGAAGUCUCUAAGAAGUGCCGCGUAGAUGCCCUGCGAGGAGUUGGUUGGUUGUUUGGAAACGAGCCAUCAGACGACGAGUGUCAUGCCGCAUUGCUUGGGGUUCAGGCCUCAUGA